AUGUCCCAAGCUAGCCCUGAGGUAUCCAGCAAACCAUCAAUCUUCGCACCAUACCUCUCUGAGUCCCUGGCUUCUCACCUCUCAUCGGCACCCAGCCCGAUCGACAUCGACUCUCUCUCCCGCACACCACUGUCUCGCCUCCAGCAAACGGCACUUCCCAACCUGGGGCUGAUCGAACUCGUCUCGUCCGCCGACUUCACGACGCUCUACGACGAUCUCUACGUCGCCAGUUUCCCCCGGCGUCCCGAGCGGGAGAACUCAGACUUGAUAGUCGCCCGGCUAGCGGCACAGGCGGCCAACACACGCACAGGACUCGCGCCCUAUCGAAUCGUCGGUCUCCGCGAUAAACAAGGCAAAGCCAUUGGCGCAGCACAGUUCAGCAUUCUUCCUCUUCCUUUGCGACCUCGGACAGACAUUGACACCACCGACGCCUACAACGACACCCUUCAAAAUGGCGAAACCAACGCCGCGGGCCCUUCUUCACCACCACCAGCAGCAGGCUUAGUCGUACCGUACCUUCAAUACAUCUACAUCAGGCCGUCUUCGAGACGACAAGACAUGUCCGAAGUUCUCCAUACGUUCGUCCUGGCCGUAUCCGCCGCGGACGCGGCCACGCUCUCUUUCCCAACGCCGUCGAAUUUACCGUCACCUUCGUCGUCCGUCUUGGUACCCAAAUCCAAUCACGACGUUAUAUCGGCGUCGGGAUCAUCUGGACUCAACGGCGGCAGCGGCAGCAGCGGCAGCAGCAGAAGCAGUAACGCCGGAGGAGGAGCUGUCACCACGUACGUCCCCUUCACACUGUUCGAGACCGAACCACCCGACCACGGCGUCGACGCCCCGUCGCGGUCUUACGCACUGGAACGGUCCAAGAUCCACACUUCGACGGGAGGUGUAGCUGUCGUGCUGCUCAGACGCCCACCGGGGUCCGACCCCAGCAGCUCUAGCUCCGGACGACCCACUGCUGGCGCCGAAGAAGGAGAAGAAGGAGAAGAACGAGGCGGCGAACGUCGACAACGGCAAAUCUUGAGCGCCCACGUUCAACCUGGCCUGGAACCGGACGACCCUCCGCUGACGUUGGUCUGGGUGAUUCGGCCGUCGCCCAACCCCGGCAUCAGCUACGACAUCAGGCGCAUCGGCAAGGACCUGGUGGCGGCGUACUACCAGAGCCUGCGCGACGAAGGGUUUCCGGAAUCCAACAUCGCUCUGGCGGAGAGCAUGGUCGAAGAGAGAUGUCGAGACGCCGACUUCCAUCUGAUGCCUCUGGGUGAAGUUUCGGAUUUCACCACCUAG